AUGGAUAUGCACAUAGCCUCACCGACCGUGGCAUUUCCCUCGGCCUGCACGCAAAUGAUAGUGCUUCGACUCCGUCCAGGAAUCUCAGUGAAGGAUUUUCAGGGAGCAAGCGUUUUGAAAGAGGUCAUCGAGGACCUCGAGAAACCUCCAGAUGUUCGACGGGUGUACUGGGGUACUGGGCUGGAAACACCGAAUAUGCUACAUCUUCAUGUUGUAAGGGAGAGAUUACACCAACAUUAUGAUUUUUUGGCUUCAUCUAGCUAUGUGGGCUUGAAGACCAAGUUUGGCUCUAUAACUGAAGGCGAGCCCACCAUUCGACACGCUUUCUUGGUCGAGUACACCCCCGAGUGUGAAUCGCUCGGCAGAGGCGCCCCCUUCACAGGGACAGCAAUAUAUGUUGACACUGACGGUGCAUGGGACCAUGCAUGGCAACUAUGGGCAACCAUUGUCCCCCGUGUCAAAGGUUGCAUGGGUGUCGCUGGAGGAUACAUCGUUGAGCCGAUAGACGGCCACGAGAGGUGUUUCAUUGCAUGGGUGGGCUGGAACACAACAGAGGAGCACGAAGCGUACCAUCAUACGAAGCAUUGGCGCGACAGGCGUGCGAUUCUGGAACAGGGUCACAAAGGAUACAGGGAGUAUUGCCAUGUAAUGUUUAACAAUAGCCAUUCGCCACCGAAAAGCUUGCUAUAG